AAUCAUUCACAUCCAGGAAGAGAAGCUUGCUCAGAAAGUUUUUCAAGCUGGUUUUUAAUUCAUCAGGUUUUUCUUAGCUUUCCAUUAGAGGGGACACAUACAAGUUUUAACACCAAGCUGAGGACUGUGUUUUUCUUAUUUCAGUCUCCUUUUCUAAAUUUGCUUUUUUAUGUUUCUGUGAAAAAUUGGAGUCUAGUUCAGCGACCGUGGCACAUUUCCUCCCUCUCUGUGGGGGCUGAUAACCACAUAGCUGUUUUUGUUUUUGGUAUCCUCACAGAAAAACAUGGUUUCUCAGGUUGUGUUAAGUCUUGUUUUCUUUGCUCUGUUCUUUCCAGGACUCUCCAAAGGGAAUGUUACUGACUGAAAAACAUCUCUGCAGAGGACUUAACUCAAGUCUGACUCUAACUUGACGGCCACUGGUUAUGAAAAUCUGCACUCUGAGACUGAAACGGCUGGGGGUAAGAUGUUUGUGGAGUCAGUGGUCCGAUGGGGCGCGUGGAGCAUCCUGCUCCAGUUUGGACUGGGUGCAUCUGCAGGGAGCUGUCCUCCACGCUGUGUGUGUCGACCUGAGACCAAAGAAGUGAUCUGCUCUGGCAAACACUCCAGCUCAGUGCCAGAGGGCUUUCCCAGCGAUGCCAGGCGUUUGGAUUUAUCCCACAAUAAGAUUAAGACCAUCGGGCGCCGCCAGUUCUCCGGUCUCCCGCAGCUCCAAGAGUUGGAUCUGAGUGAUAAUCUCAUCUCCAUGAUUGAGGUGGAGGCUUUCCAAGGCCUGCAGAAUCUCAGGACGCUUCGAAUAAAGAAUAACCGACUCAAGAUCAUCCCGGUUGGGGUGUUUUCUGGCCUCUCCAGUCUGCGCUUUCUGGAUUUGAGCCAGAAUGAGAUCCUGGUCUUCCUGGACUACACCUUCAGGGAGAUGGGGAACCUGCAAACGCUGGAAGCCGAGGAGAAUGACUUGGUAUUUAUCUCCCAGCGGGCUUUCUUUGGUCUGCAGAGCCUGCAGGAGCUCAACAUAGACCGCAGCAACCUGACCUCGGUUCCCACUGAAGCAUUUUCCCAGCUUCAGAGUCUGGUGCGUCUCCGCAUGCUGCGCCUCACGAUCACAUCGCUGUCCAACAACGCUUUCAGACGACUCCACCGCCUGCGUAGCCUUGUGAUCGCAAACUGGCCAGCGUUGGACACUGUAGCUAGCAACAGCCUGAUUGGUCUAAACCUGACCUCCCUUGUCAUCAGCAGCUGCAAUCUCAGUGUGAUCCCUUACGCAGCACUUCGUCACUUAGUGUACCUGCGCUACCUGGACCUGUCCUACAACCCCAUCACUAUUGUCCAAGGUAACCUCCUGGGAGACCUCCUGAGGCUCCAGGAGUUACACCUCGCAGGGGGGAGCCUGCUGCGGAUAGAGCCAGGGGCCUUUAGGGGGCUGGCGUACUUCCGCAUGCUUAAUGUGACAUCCAAUCAGCUCGCUACUUUGGAGGAGAGUGUGUUUCACUCUGUGGGGAACCUUCAGGUGUUGCGGUUGGAUGGGAACCCCCUAGCAUGUGACUGCCGCCUCCUUUGGGUUGUCCGCCGCAGAUUGCGUUUGAACUUUGAUGGACAUCAGCCCACGUGUUCGUCGCCCGACACGGUGAGACAGCGUGAAUUCAGAGACUUCUCAGAGAAGGAGCUCCCGAGGCUGUUCACCUGUCGGCCCGCUCGCAUCAUGGACCGCAGGCCUCAGGAGGCAAGAGUGGAGGAGGGCACUACGGUUCUCUUUUCCUGUAAAGCUGAGGGGGAUCCAGCUCCAGAUAUCACCUGGAUUUCCUCACACAGAAACGUGGUUUCUCAAACGGGGCGGAUCAGAGUUUUGCAAAACGGCACCCUGGAAGUGCGUUUUGCUCAGGUUCAGGACAGCGGCACGUAUCAGUGCCUGGCGGGGAACGCAGCGGGCAAUGAGAGCCUGACUGUCGGUCUGUACGUGAAGGGGCUCCCUCGGAACAGAACCAUCCCCUUCCUCGCAGAAGAGGCCUGGGCCGAGCCUUCGAACCCCCAAGCAGCCAACUCCUCAGCCCAAAUGGCCAAGCCGUACCCCUUUGACGCAAAGACCCUCAUCAUCGCCACCACCAUGGGCUUCCUGUCCUUCCUCAGCUCCGUGGCCAUAUGUUUUGUCUUCAUGUUCUUCUGGAGCCAGAGCAAAGGACAGAUCAAGCACACGGCAACUAUUGACUUUGUUCCCCGGUCUUCCAUGGGCGGAGGAGGGGACGGAGGCGACGGUGGCCGGUUCACCAUGAAGCUGAUUUAAAGCCAGUGAUGAGAAGAAUGGAGUAUUCUUACUGACUGUGAGCCGUCUGCUCUCUGGAGCCGUACUGGGACUCUUAAGGACUCAGAGAGCCCCUUUGGACGGGAGAUCAGAACUGGUUUGUUCUCUUCUAAAUUUAGAGUGGAAAGUUUCAUCUCAGCACCCACUUUGCUGUGUUAUCUAACUAAUGAAUAUGUCACGAUCCUGGAAUAGAAGGAUGUAAGAAGAUUGUCGGCGGGCCUGUCUCACGGUUCGUGUGCGUUUGUUUCCAACAACUUUCAGACUGUAAAAGGAGAUGACCGCUCGGCGAGCGCAGGAGGAGUUUUCUAUGUAGCAUGCUCUUGUUAAAUACUCUUUAAGUUCACAUAGUUUGGGUUUACACACGAGGGCAGUUUGGGUUUGCCACAUUUAUUAAAGUUUCUGCAUCGCUGAAACACAUCAGGUGCUUGUUCACCCAUUACUGUACGAGUGUGCUCUGCUUUUAUGACUUCAAUUGCCAAUACAAGGCUAAAAACAAUUGCCCUCUUGACCCUCCUGAUGCUAUUUCUGCUUACCCACAGGGGAUCAUGUCAAAGACUGCUAAUUCAGCAUUGGCUGUAAGACUUUAACAUGUGAGACUACAGAGCUUUUGAUACCUGCAAUAAUUAAACGGAACAAAUAAAUUCUGACUCUCA